GGCAUUUUUACGCGUUUUUGAUAUUAUUAUUUCAUUCCUCUCUCAUUUUUUUCGACUCUAAUUUUCAGCGCUUGCUUUCCUUCCUUUUCCACGAUUUGAACACCCUACUUUAUUUUUAUCCUCUUGAAUUUGCAGAAUGCUCAACAAUCACGCGCGUUUUGCAGAUGCUAAGCAACGGCAGCAGCAGAAGCAGCUGCAACAGCAGCAGUCACACCACACAGAGCUGUUCAGAAGCUCAUACUUGGAGCGACUCAAAGAGGGGGACACGGCAAUGCUAGUUUUGUCGACCCUCGGUGGUAGCGCAAAUGUCGGUGGAAUCGAGGGUGUUGGUGCGCGAGGAAUUUCAAGCGUUAACGGCUCUAGCAGCAUGAACAUGCGGAAACGCUUGACGCGUGGAAACCGGCGGAAUUUGCGCGAAUGGAGCUCAGGCUCAGAGAACGAAUUUGGCGCAGAGGAUGAGAUAGAGUCGCCAUUUGAAACCGAGGUAAGCUCGGCUAAACAAGGCAGUGAUGGUGAUCUCGAGAAUGCUCGCAGCCAGGAUAUAAUGAGCGGUAUUGGGCUUCAGCCCGCAUACGAGGGCCUGCAGAAGCGGGCCCGCCGGCGCACAGCGCACUGGCACUUGCGCGACGACCAGGCAGCGUGGCUGGCUCAACAGGAGGAGGUUCUGGUUCCCGUUCGGCUGGAGAUGGAGGUUGGCGACUACCGCCUGCAUGACGUGUUUGUGUGGAAUGCGAAGGAGCAGGCGCUGACGCCAGAGCACUUUGCCGCCAUUUACUGCGCCGACCUCUCACUACCCACAGACUCGCGUAAUGGCGCCGUGGAGCAUGUGGCACAGCUUAUUCGCCAGCAAAUAUCCGAGCACGUAUCUGCAGCAGACUGCAACUUCAGCGGCGGCGAGCUGCGGGUGAAUCUCAACCUCGAGGUGCAGGUCGGUCCACAUGUGUUGCGUGACCGCGUUGAGUGGGACCUCUUGGAGCCGCUGGGGUCUCGUCCCGAGGAGUUUGCGCGCUGCUUGUGCCGGGACCUUGGGCUUGGCGGUGAGUAUCCGCCACUGGUCGCUCACCGCGUACGCGAGGAGGUGGCGCGGUAUCACAAGGAGCUGGCCGAGGCAGGUGACGCGCAUUGGCUGCGCCAAGCUCCGGUCGACUCUGUAUUCCGCCCUAUCAACCUUGCCGAGGGCUGGGGCCCAAGUAUCGAGAUAAUGUCGGCCGAGGAUCUGGAUCGGAUGUGGAUGCACAAGGAGCGCACUUAUCGGCGCACGCGGCGCUCAGAACGCACUCACACGCGCACAUUUAACUUUUUGCCGCCGGAGAUUGUGCCCAUGGACAUGUCCAAUUCUACUAACGCCGUAUCGUCGAUCCCCGUCAUCAACCCGGCGUUCUAUACCCAGGCGUCAACCGAGUCGAUUGAGCCUGUUAGCAGCGGUGCCACGACACCAAAGCCAAUGCGGAAGUUGCAGUCCAGUAUGCGACUGCAGGGUACGCCGACGCGGCCGUCAACGCCCCGAAGCUACACCAAGACGGAUAAGGGCAGCUGGGAGUGCGAGCAUUGUGGCUGCGAGGGUGGCGCAACGCCCAUUCAGCGGCAAGGACCAAAUGGGCCAAAGACACUGUGCAAUGCGUGUGGAAUUGCAUGGAUGGUGCGGGAUCGCCAGGGACUGCCCAGCCAUCGCAAGGAUCUUCACCGCAAGUGAAUACAAACUGUGCACACGGGUGAGUCAAAUAUUAGUAUGCGGUGUCAUGGUUUUUUUUUUACUUUUUUUAUUUUGUUUUUACAGUUGUUAUUUAUUUUAUUCAUCGUUGACACC